GACCUUGGUAAAGCUUUCAUGUCGUCACCCUCGAGCUAUCUGAUUUUUGGGAGCUCUAUAACCAGGAAGAUCUAUCAUCGCCACCGCCCCAAUGAACGUGGAGCCUGGUGUCCCGGACGGGACGCGAGGCGAGGACUCAGUCUUCUGGGAUGACGCGGAGGACCUUCUCACGAAAGACUAUGUGGGAUGUAUCAAACUUCCGUAUCAAGUACAGGAUAGGAUGGAUUGGUUGAACGACUUGACAGAAAAGGUCGAGCAGGCUGAACGAUUUGGCAUCGUCUUCGAGAGACCCCUAAGCGAUAUCAUGAGCAACAACUCGGGAUCUCCUGACAAAAAGUGGCUCAAUUGGCGAUGGCCUUGUUACGAAUAUAGGAAUUCUCCUGAUCGUCACCCCAAACUGCCAAGUUCGAGAAUAGUGAUACAGUGGAUGGUUCAUAACGGGACGGUGUUGCAGAAAACCACAGUUCGCAACUUGGGGGAAAGGCCUUUUAACGCAAAGUUUCAGUUCAGCGGACAUAUCCUGAUUCGAGAGCUUGACUGCUUUGAUAACAAUCACUCAUUCAACAAUGCCGACUCCAACGACGAAGCCGAAGCAUACUCCAGUCGCAUCGGUCCUCAUGGAUAUAGCUGGGUCUGCGUCCAUAAGUUUCCGGCGACUGGGGCACAACAAAACUCAUCGACAGAAGCAGGACCACCUUCAUCCAAUCAGGCUGGCGAAGAGUCACUAGAAUCUAGGAGCUCACCCCCCUUCGCCGCUGCUACUGUUGUGACCAUUUUCAAAAAUGGCGAAGCCCUGAAAUUCCCCGGUUCGGAUCCCAAAAACCCUUACUCUUGGCGUCACAAUAUUAAGCCCGGGGGAAAGAUGGAACUCGUCAUAGCUUUCAGGUUGAUCAAACUCGAUCAAUCGCAAGAAAGCUGGAAGAACUUCGUUAUUCCCGCAUGUGAUGCCGACGUGGACAAAUUUCUUAAUGAAGAAAAGUUACAACCGACCGACCUCUUCAUCUCUCAACUUCGGAGUGACAACAAGGACAGCUCAGACAACAACCAGGAAAAAUCAUCGACUAGAUAUACCAGUCCCGUAGGCAGGUUUGACAGAUCACCUGAUAACCAUAUCGAGUUCAUGGUUCGCCGCAACCUGGAGCACAUUCUCUCUCUACUGAAGGCCACACAAUUUUCCAGCAUCAUGCAAAAUGAUGAAGAUCGGGAGGUUGCACAUGGCCCAGUGUUAGGGGUAUUGACGGAGUGGCUGACGGCCCUGGAGAAGGCUGAUAGGCGCGGCAAGUUUGCAUGGCCCCAUGCAACGAAGGAGGACAUGAAAAUCUUUCGGCUGGACGACCACCUUUGGAUCUUCUUUGCUCUCAAGUCUGUGCUGAAUCUGGGUGAAUCGUUCCUUCAGGCCUACGAUGACCAGCUACGCAACGAGGACCAGCAAUCCAACGAGGACCAGCUAUUCAACGAGGACCGGCUAUCCCACGAUGACCGGCUAUCCGACGAGAAAAAACCCAAGGUGAAGAUAUCGCGAAUGAGGGCCAGCGUCUCAUUUCGAGUCGGCACAGGAGAGCAGAAAUUCAACGCGAACGAUCUGCAAAUGGAGGUACUGAGACGAUUUACCGCAGAGAAUGGGAAUGCUGAACAUGACGAAAACGACGACGGCACGUGGACUACCACCCUCCGGUUUGCUCUGGCAAUUGCUAUGGGCAGCCUAGAGAAGCGUAUCAACAAAAAGACGCCGAGAGAACUCGUUAAGACUGCUCUCGAUGUUUUAUUUCGCUUGACGGGGUUCAACGGGGUGGUUCCAGGGGAGAGCGACGAGGCAAUCGAUGAGGCGAUGCAGCCUAAGAUCUUCGAUGACGAGAGAUAUCGACAUUUUUACUUCCACGCAGGGUUCGAGGUGCCAUUUCUGUUGUUGACGCUCGAUACCAGAGGCACCGAAGAAGUGUUAGAUCUCUUGAGAAAGAUUUCGCGGGAACUGUCACAGAGGAAUCGAAGCUCUGCCAUCAAGAAUCACCGACUCAUAAUGAAAAAGAGUAUCCCGUUCAACAUUCAGAUAGACUCAACAAGUAUAGUUGAAAUUGGCGACGAGUGGCUGUUCAACUACCCAGCAUUUUUCGGGUACGAAUCAGACGAAACAACCGACUUCCCGUCUGCUCUCAAGAUCGCCAGGGAUGAUCUGAAAGAGCAUUCCCAAACGAAAUUCAUCCAGAGAGCGAUAGAUGAAGUUGACGCAGAACAGGAAGCUAACGGACAAGGAUCGGAAGCUUCCAGACACGGACAACUACAUGCUAGACAGCAAAUGCCAGCUACCAGACGACAAAAAGACAGCACAGAUACAGAAAUCGACGCCAAAAUACUUGAUAUUCCGAAGUACAAGCACCUUGGCAAGCGACGAGAUACCAGGAGCAUACCGUGGAGCCUCCGCAAGCAAGCUUACUCCGGUUGCGGGCGCCAUUUGUUCCUAUAAUAGACUGUGAAUAGCUCCAUUUAUUCCUCUUUUUCUUUCCUCACCUUCGCCCCCGCUUUUGUGCUGCUAUUUCCUCGCUUCGCUUCGCUCAGCUCCCUCCCCAACCCAUCCGCCAGGAAAUAGCUGCUUUCCUCAGAAACACGAAGAUGCACGUGGACCACCCGGUUGAUUAGGAUGCGUAUAAAAAUCAGAGAAAUACUCAGAAGCUUCCGGGAGUCAAUAGAAGAAAGAAAAAUCUUCUGCAGAGAGCUGGUCUGGAAAGAGUAGCAUAUGCAUCAGAUAUAGUACAGAUAACAAAUGGGCUAAAGAUAAUAGCUAAAUAAUAAGAUGCCUUAACG